AUAAUUUUUCUCAUUGCAAAAAUAAACUUUAAAUUGUGACAUGCUGUAAAAGUGUGUCCUAAAGCGGCUCGUUCACUACGUUUAGCAUGCCAGCAAGCUAGCUAGCUAGCUAGUUAGCUAGCUCGUCUUGUAGCUAGACAGUCAGUUUGACAACCAACUUUACUGUUAGACCUGUCAAUGUAUUCUCAGUUAUGUAAAGUCACGUCCGUGUUUUCGACACAAGCUAAACGAUGAUAUCAAACGUUGUCACCAUAAUGUUGGAACAUGUGUAUGCACAGAAGGCGUUUGACUUUGAAGGGGGCUAGCGUUAGCCAGGUUAGCGUUACUGAUACCUGAGAUGGACAGAGCAGCAGUUAGACAGCCGUAGACACAGACGCUGGGCCGGGCGGGGAGCUGUGGUGGUCAAUCAGUUCAUCUUGGUCAGCCAGUCCAUUUGAGGCACUCCCCUUUCAUCAGUAUGAUGACACUGACCUGACCAAUGGACCUCUGCAGUGUCUGCUCAGUGAGAGGGUCCCGUUUGGAGGUAGAUCAUGAAUGACAAACUAGUCUUUUUGGGCCUGCUGUACUUUGUCCAGGGCAUCCCCUAUGGCCUCCAGUCCUCACUGCUUCCUGUCUACCUGCGUGGAGCUGGUCACUCACUCACCCGCAUCGGCUUCACCAAGAUCCUCUACUUCCCGUGGGUCCUCAAGGUGCUCUGGGCUCCGUUGGUGGACCGCGUCGGCACCAAGCGUCGCUGGAUUGUGGGGACAGUGUCUGGGCUGGCUCUGACAUGCCUCGCCAGCGCGGCCUUGGCCCCAGAAGCACAUAUCUGGGGAGUGGCAGGAACCCUGUUGGCCAUGAACUCCUUGGCCUCUGUCCAGGAUAUUGCUGUAGAUGGGGCAGCGGUGAGCUUGUUGAAAGGUCGUGGGGAGCUGGGCCUGGGCAACACAGCCCAAGUCGUAGGCUAUAAAGCUGGGUCGGUGUUCGCUGGGGGCGGCCUGCUGGCAGUGAUUGACGUGGCCGGAUGGAGCUGGAUGUUUAUGCUGCUGACGUUUGUGUACGCUGGCGUGGCCCUGUUCGUGUGGGGGGCCCCUGUGCUUGAUGAUGAGACUGUGAGGGGCCAGCAGGCAGACGGCAGCAGGAGGGGAGGGCAGGGAGCGGAUCCUAUGAAGCCGUGGAGGGUGUGGAGGAAGCUGCUGGCAGUGCCUGGCACACCGUGGACAGUCCUGUAUGUCCUGACAUACAAAUUAGGUGAGCAGGGUGCAGUGACCAUGUUUCCUCUUUUCCUUUUGGAUCACCACAUGACCGCCAGGGAGCUCGGCUUCUGGAACGGCGUUAUCGCCAUGGGCUUCUCCAUCUGCGGGUCGUCCCUGGGAGGCCUGCUGCUCGCACAGUUCAGUAUCGGGGCUAUGAUGCGUCGCGUGUUUGUAUUGCGAACAGUCAGCAUGGUCUUCCAGAGCUCUCUACUCACUGUACUGGAACCAUCACCGCUCAUGAAAGGUAUGGCUAUCCUCAGCAUGAGUGUUCAACACUUCCUGGGUGGUCUCAUCACCACGCUCACCUUCACGACCAUGAUGCAUUGCACUCAGAGGGCCGAGGAAAGCAUUCAGUCGACCCACUACAGCUUCCUGGCGACUCUGGAGGUGCUCGGGAAGCUGACGUUCAGCGCCCUGGCAGGAGGCGUGGUAGAUUUGUUUGGUUUCCAAGUUGCCUUCCUCUUCUUCCUCACCCUCUCCGCCGCGACGGCCCUGCAUGUGUGGACGGCUACUUUCACUGGUGCUCUCAGGGAACACCAGCUCAAGGAACAGCCCAAAUGAGAUCAGGAUCAGGGUGCAAGGUCAUGAUACGGAGGCAUCUGCAGGUGCUGAAAAAAUGUAGAAAUAUUUUCAGCUUGACUACCAGUAUACAGACACCCUAUAAUGCCCUGAAUCCCAUUAAAUAUACCAAUCAUGACAAAUAAUUUCAGUACAGAAGAACCUGAGUAAAAAAAGAUGAAUAUCCUGUUCUGCCAAUAUUUAAGGAGAAAUCAGCCAUGUGGUUAGGUUCUCUAUUACAGAGCAUAGUUGUUGUUUCUUUUCACUGGCAAAAAUGGCCUUACAUUUUAUGUUGCAUUUCAAAUGUCUGGAAAAGUCUUAAUAUUUAGUAGCAUGAUGAAACUUUUAGAAACUGAUGUAGGAGCAGAUUAGCAUUUAACAUGUCUAUUGUUCUGGACAGGAUGGGAUUGGUCCAUCCAGUCAGUGUGAUGAACUGAUGGGUUUAGUGUGCUGGGACUUGACGUACAGUCAACAUAACACGCGGAGCUGAUAAGCACUUUGGGAAAUGUAAUCAAAGCUGUUUUUUAAUCAUCUGAGCCAUUUUCAUGUUUUAAAUAAGCCAGCAAUAAGAGCAGUAGCCAAAAGCAAUAUCACUACUUUGUGAUGCUUGUUCUAUCAUAUUGUUCUGUGUACGAAUAUGUUUAUCAGUCUCAAGAGUUCAACGGUUUACAGAUAUAAACGAAUGCAUCUCAACUACCUCGCAUCAGCACCGUAAGGUAGGAUGCAUUGGUGGCAAACGCAGAGUAGCUGCACUAAGUAGAGUUUAAACACAGACUGUGUGACCAUAGCCGUAACAGUUAGCCAACGUAGAUUUUCAGCUAAUGUCUAUUUCACUUCAGAAAGCUGUUCAGGAACAUUUAUUCUCUUAAUCACUGAACUUUCAGAGUAAAACCCUGCUUUAAUCUACAGGCGCCAUGUUUUCUAGCAAAUUUCGAUAUAAUUUCCUACAAUGAGCUGAUAUUUAGCUGUAAAUUGUUAACACACUGUCCAAGAAAGGACAACGCAGUAUGAUUCUAAUUAUGAUGGCAAUUUAAAAAACGUGUUAGUAAGUUAUAGUAUUAUGUAAGCUCCUUUUCAUUUUGAAUUUUUGAGGGGAAAAAAAGUUUCCUUGAAAUUAGCUGUAAAAUGCUGGAGCUAUGAAAUAAAGCAAUACCAAAAUCUUUGUUUUCUUUUGAGCUUAGCAGGUGAACCCCGACAGUUUACUUCCCAUUGGAAACCUCAGCCUUAUACACUGCAUGGUGCCAUCAUGUCUCCGUUUUCCAUCAAAUAAUCACACUCAGUUUUAAAACAUGAAAGACCGGUGCCAUUGGUAAAUUGCAGUUGCUGAUAAAUAAGUUUGACAUUUGUGUUUUAUGUAAAAAACAAAACAACUAAAAACUGACUUACUCUCAUUGUACUGUAAACUAUAGAAGGGGAGAGUAAAACAUCAUAGACUGACGCAGGUGAAAGUAUUAGUAGAUUUUAAUUCAUCGAAUUGAUAAUUGUGCUGACGGGAGACAGGAUGGACUGGUUUCAGUAUUGACAGUGAUCUCAGCAGACUUGGCAAACUAACAGCUGGUCACCUUCUGUCGCCCACAUAAUAGUCAUGUCAUGUCAUGUCAUGUCUGUUUUAUCCACUUGUUGCAAAGCACAUCUCUUGUCUCUCAGCCACUGUAUAGCCAGAGAUUUGCACAAAAAUAAAGCUGCUGAGUGAA